AUGCGCUCUGCUCUGCUGCUUCUCGCCGUCAUCUCAUUCGCAACAGCAUGCGAUAUCAUCGUCCACGUAAAAUCCAACACGGCCAAGAAAUUUCAAGCUCAAGUAACUGCCAGCAACGGAAAGAAGAGUGAAAAGAAGUACUUUCAACAGAAACGCAACGAUGAGUGUGGCCUGAAGGAUUGGGAAAUUGCCACAUUCGAUGAGAAUGGGAAGCAUGCUCAUACCGUCAAGGUAAUCUUGGACGGAAUCGGUCGUGUCACGUACAAUGUUGGAGACGACUUGAAGCCAGUGCAGAAGGAUCGCCAGGGAGCUAUUUGCAAAGGAGAAUGCGCACCUCUCUAA